GCCAAAGGGAGGACUCACAACCUGCUGACGUGCAACAAGUGGGAGCUCGAGCUGAUGGCAGGACCCCAGCCCAUCUGCAUCUCCACACCAGAGGCUGCAACACAGUAGAGCCUCUGCAGGGGACUCCACCUCCCAUCUGGAGGCCUGACAGCUACAUAUUUCUGGAACAAAAGGAGCUUUUUGUGUGUUGACCUUGGACGCUGUAUCUUGAAAGUUUAAAACUCCAGAGAAGAGGACUAAAAGUGAACAACAAAGUUUCUCAUCUCCCUUCGUCAUUACUCAGGAGACAUUUUUAAUAUAAAAUGAUGGAGGACCACCUGUCGAAGAUCCCCAUGAUGUCCUCCGCUUCCCCCACUGAGUCCUCUGGGAGCGGUGGGACUGAUGACAGCAGAGGAGCCAAGAGUCCAGCCCCGGGCAAAGCUCUGAGCCCGGCUCUGGUCUGCAAAGUGUGCGGAGACACCAGCAGCGGGAAACAUUACGGCAUCUACGCCUGCAACGGCUGCAGCGGCUUCUUCAAACGCAGCGUGAGGAGGAGGCUCAUUUACAGGUGCCAGGCUGGGACCGGCAUGUGUCCAGUGGACAAAGCUCAUCGUAACCAGUGCCAGGCCUGUCGGCUGAAGAAGUGCCUGCAGGCGGGCAUGAAUAAAGAUGCGGUGCAGAACGAGCGGCAGCCCCGCAGCACAGCUCAGGUCCGUCUGGACUCCAUCGACGUGGACCCCGAGAAGGACCACCUUGCCACCACACGGGAGCCCACCUCCUGUUCUUCAUCCUCUUCCUCCUCCUCCUCUUCCUCCUCCUCAAGUGGCUCUGUCAUCACGUGGCCCCAUAUCUCCUCCUCCAUGUCCAUCACCUCCUCUGUCGCCCCACAGCGCUGCAUCAGUCCCCAGAACAACCACCGCUUCAUGGCCAGCCUCAUGACGGCUGAGACCUGCGCCAAGCUGGAGCCCGAGGACGUGGACGAGAACAUCGAUGUAACCAGCAACGAGCCGGAGCGAGCGUCCUCGGAGUACCACAUGGCUCUGUACCCGUCCAGCUCCGAAAAUGUGUACGAGACCUCGGCAAGGCUGCUCUUCAUGUCAGUGAAGUGGGCCAAGAACCUGCCGGUUUUUUCCAACCUGCCGUUCAGAGACCAGGUGAUCUUGCUGGAAGAGGCGUGGAGCGAGCUCUUCCUGCUCUGCGCCAUCCAGUGGUCUCUGCCGCUGGACAGCUGCCCGCUGCUCUCUCUGCCCGACCUCUGCCCCGGCAUGCAGGGGAAAACCAGCUACACCAGCCUGGACCUGCGCCUCCUGCAGGAGGUCUUCAGCCGCUUCAAGGCCCUCGCCGUCGAUCCCACAGAGUUCGCCUGCCUCAAGGCCAUCGUGCUCUUCAAGCCAGAGACUCGUGGGCUGAAAGAUCCAGAACAAGUGGAGAACCUGCAGGAUCAGUCUCAGGUGAUGCUGGGACAACACAUCCGCUCACACUACCCGAGUCAACCAGCCAGGUUCGGAAAGCUGCUUCUUCUUCUUCCCUCUCUGCGUUUUGUGAAUUCGGAGCGGAUCGAGUUGCUGUUCUUCCACAGGACCAUCGGAAACACGCCCAUGGAGAAACUGCUGUGUGACAUGUUCAAAAACUAAAACCAUCCCGCCGAAAGCCCUGCAGUCGUCAGUGACCUCUGGGUUUGGAGGACAAUGGUUGACACAUAUUUGCUUUGUAUUUCUGUGCACAUAUCAGAGAUUCUGCGUGCUGUUAUUUUUUUAAAGGCCACUUUAUUAUUUGUUUGUUGUUUCCACAUCAGGUCGUUCUGAAAAUGAAAAUGCAAUUCAGUUCUUAUCAUCAUGCUUGCUGUCUAUUUGUAUCAUAUUUAGGCUCUGAUCACAUUUCGUCCUCUAGUAUUUCAUUAUUUUUGUGUUUUUUGUGACAAUGCAGAUCUUUAUUUGUUUGGUCAUAGAUGGACUGUUUAUCCCCACUGACAUUACUGUGUACUGUUACAUUCAUGUUGUC